AUGGUCUUUCAGUGGACAUCACGCUGCUUGCCUGGUUUCAGUAUCAUUGCGUUGAUUGUACUUCUUUGGUUGACCUCCAAUGGUGCAGUCGCGUUUCGGAAAUGGAAGGGCCCAUUGCCAUCAUCGCCAAAAGAUGCGCCGGGCAGUCAGCCACACCAUCUCAACCCGGCCCAGCAGUUGUUUGUCAUAUACACCGUUCUUGUUCAUGUCAGCAUGUUUGCUUUCACCAUUCGUCUGGCGUGGGCCCUAUUCAGUGUCACACGGAAGACAAAGGAGACCCUGCAGCGGCGAAACCUCGCCCAACCUCGCAUUUCUGUGGACAAAGAUAAGUGGCUCUCGGACACUUCGACACUUACAGACGCGGAGCCGGAUGUAUCUGAUCCACUGAUGAGCGGUCUGGCUCACCAUUAUGAUGGAUUGGAGGUCAUCCAUGCGAUAAUUGUUCCAAACUACUGUGAGGAUCUACAUACGUUGCGGACUACCCUGGAUGUUCUGGCGAGCCACCCAAGGGCACGAAAACAGUAUGAGAUAUACCUCGCGAUGGAACAGAAAGAAGCUGGGGUCGCCGAAAAAGCGGCCAAGCUGGCAUUAGCAUUCGAACCGUCCUUCCGCCAUAUCCAUGCUACCUUCCACCCUGCGAAUCUACCUGGGGAAAUAGCAGGGAAGAGCUCAAAUGUGGCCUUUGCGGCCCGACACAUUAUGGAAGUGCACAGGGCAGAGCUGGAAUCGGGACAUUGUGAUGUGAUCGUUACUGUUAUGGAUGGUAGGUGUUGUCCCAUUGUCUGGCCAAUCUAUAGCGCUAACCGGGUGAUAGCCGACACGCAUUUCUGGCAGGACUACUUUACAGAGAUCCGGCGCCUUCAUUAUGCGCACAUCUCGGAGGCAGAUCGGACUCUAUAUUGCUGUCCUAUCAUUUUCGACCGCAAUUCGCAGGAGACCCCAGUUCUGGUCCGUUGUGCAGACCUACUUUGGGGAUUCGCCGGUUUGUCCACCAUUUACCCCGGGACGUGCAUUUCAAUCCCGACAUCAGUCUACUCUCUGCCACUGUCUCUGGCUGAAAAGAUUGGUGGCUGGGACAGUGACUCUACUGCGAUCGGAGAGGACAUGCACAUGAUGCUUAAGUGCUAUUUUGAGACCGCGGGCAACGUCAUCACUCGGCCGGUCUACGUCCCCGCAAGCCAGUGCAACGUCGCGAGUGAUACCGGACGAGGCUGGCGACGGUCGUUGGAUACCUGCCGCGCCCGUUAUCGACAGGCAUUGAGGCACAUGUGGGGUGCACUUGACUCGGGCUUUGCCGCACGGCGUACCAUCAGUUACAUUCGCUCUCAUUGCCGCUGCCUGUUCUUCCGACCGAGGCACCUUGCCCUGAUACACUUGCUCUGGGAAGCUCACUUUCUUCCUUGCCAUCUGAUCAUACUCAUGGUAUUCUCUACCAUCUAUACCUUGUUGACGCCUCCAGCUUCGCUUCAUCCAACCAUGGCAUGGGCGUUCGACCUUACCAACCUGCUACGCGCAUCUUCAUUUAUCGGAAUGAAUAUGUGCAUUUUUCUGUACGAGCCAUGGCAUGCACUCUGUGUGCGCACGCGGAAAACAGAUAUGCAACAAGCAAACGUGGCGGAUGCAGGGUUCUCAGAACGGAUCUGGUGGAGCCCUGCGCAGCUAGUGGAGCGCAUCUGCUUUCCUAUUGCAGGAACCGUCUUUGGUGGUAUUCCAACGGUCCACGCAGUCUUUUCGCAUUUCUGGACCGACAGGUUGGUAUAUCGGGUGACCAAGAAGCCGACUUUUUCGGUGGCUGGAGCGAUGGCCUAG